GGCAUGUUUCUUUAUGGCGUUUCACUGCGUCACGGCUGGGGAUGCAAACGCAACGAGAGCACAGCAUUUCAAUAUUUACAAAAGGCAGCCGAGCACGCUGUCAUGGACUUGAACAGUCUAUCAAGCACGGUCAUUACAUCAGCAGCCAAAGGUGAGCUGAUCAUGGCUAUUUACGAGCUUGGUGUUUCGUAUAUCCAGGGCUGGGGCUGCCGUAAAAACAAGGAAACGGCCGUCUACUUUUUCAAGUUGGCAGCUGAUCUUGGCGACCCGGAUGCUCAAAACGAUCUGGCACGAUGUUACUCUACUGGCAAGGGCGUAAAGAAGGACAUGAAAUUGGCUGCCAAGUAUUAUCGCUUGGCUGAUAAACAAGGUUGCGGUAUCAUGGGCAAUUCUUGGAUUUACAAGUCAAAGUAU